CCUGUGCAGAAAGGCGCGUCGUAAUGAAGUUUAUAGGCCUGUGGAUAUUAUGUCUUUUCAUCGGCAAGGACCGUGUGCGAGGGGAUGAUUAUCAAUGCCAAGGAAAAUGCAAUGAACCUAAAGUAUCCAACGGCACGUCGUUGCUAGUCCCCGGGACUACCCCAGCGGACUACGAUGGGUACGGAAACUACGACUACGACGUAUACAGUGGCGGUGUUGUUCCUACUUACGACAGCGACACAGUCAUGUCUGUCCAAUGUUUUGAUAGCUACUGGUUUAAAGGGACCAAACAGAGCGUGGGUUCCAUACGAUGCGGCUGCGAGGGUCGUUGGGAUCCAGGAGUGAACGAGGCGUGUGUCGUGGCGAAAUGUGACCCGACACCCCAGUUCGGAGGAGUGUUGAAAAGUUCUUCCUCCUGUUUCGCGGAUAGCGCGGACCUAACGACCCCUGUUGCGGCGAAUAACUCGGCAUGCCUCCACUGCUUGCCCGGAUUCAAGAUUGCCCACCAAGAGGGGCUGAAAGACUCCAUAGAGGUGCAGUGCGGUACCAAUGGUAAAUGGAAGAUACCGGCGCAGUGCGAGAACCAGAUCGCUUGCACAAGGCCCCUGCCCUCCGAACGAACCAACACCUACAGCAAAAUCAAGGAUAAUUUCGAUGCCACACUGCAGAUGGAAUUUGAAUGCACAAGACCUGAUGUUAUGGUAAUGUUCGGUGACCCUGUGGUAAAAUGCUCUGCUGGGCAUUGGAGUGCUGAUCCGUUGCCAGUGUGCAGGCAUAAAUACUCCUGCCUCCUGGACAUACAACACGGUCACGUUGAGAAAAGUUCUGCCUCUACCCCCACCCACGGGCCGUGGGCGCGAAACAGUGACAGUGGUACGGUCAGGUGUGACCAAGGCUACGAGUCCAUAACUGAUGACGACACAAUAACAUGCAACAAGGGAAAAUGGCAACCUGCACCUCAUUGCGUGCAAUCAGGUCAAAUUGGGAAAUGUGAAACUCCUCCCCUUCGAAACGGCACCGUGACUCUCUCCCACAAAAAAACCUUCCCAGGUGCCGUGGCAAGCCACACCUGUGCGGCAGGAUACACGCUGAAAGGUGCAGCGAACCGGACGUGUCUAUCUAACGGAGUUUGGGACGGGGCAGAGGUAUCUUGUGUCAUUAAAGCAACAUGCGACAAGCCACCAGCCAUAGCUCAUGCCUGGCACACACCGGAUAAAGCCUACUACCACGGUGAGAAAUACAGAUACACUUGUCAUUCUGGGUACGAGAGGAGAGGAGGGGGGUCGUACUACCAAUGUAACGCGAGACGCAAUAGGUGGGAAGCCCUAAGCUAUGAUACAAGGCUCAUGAGAUGCGAACCCGUAAAUUGUGGAGAUCCAGCUAUCAUCCCCAAUGCUGAUUCGCACCUGGUUGGCGGUAGAAUCACAAGCUUUGGGGCAGAAGUUAGGUACCAGUGCAAGACUGGCUACAAGAAAACGCGGGGAAUACUUAUGUCGACAAUUUGCCAGGCGAACGAAAGAUGGACUGUCAUCGGUCUUCGGUGUGACAUUGUAACGUGUCCUCCACUGACCAAUCCGCCGAAUGGAAAUGUCCAGAUUCGACGCGGCAAAAGCAACCGUUUUGAAUACGGGUCGGAAUACAAGUACACCUGCGACUCUGGAAGAGGGUACAGGCUGGAAGGGAAACAGAUCGAUGACGAAACCUUUACUUCGUGUACCCAAUACGGGAACUGGACUUAUGCGCCGAGCAAGAUAGCCUGUGAACUUGUGGAUUGCUAUGAUCCUGGACACAUCUUCAAUGGUUACCUCCAAGCUGGUCUCACCACGUACUCGUCACAAAGACGUUUUGGGUGCAAUGAUUUCACUACCAUGGAUCCAGUCAUUAAUCCUAGAGGGGCCUACAUCCUCUGUCAGAAAGAUGGUCGAUGGUCUAAUUCACUUCCUAAAUGUUGGGCCAAAUGUCGAGUACCAAGCCUUGGAAAUGGAAAUUACGAAACCAAAUGGGGAGGAUCGUUUUCCCCAAGUGCUUUGGAACACGAGAAUAGCGUAAAACUCCAGUGUGACCGGGGUUACACAACCGAUAUUCGCUACCCCAGUAGUUCGACGAAAACAUUGCAGUGCGACAAUGGGACACUCACCCAGGGAAGUUGUACAGAGAAGCCAUGCGACAAGCUUUCCGAAACAGACGAGAACCUGUUAGAUGUUACCUAUUCCACUGAUAUCAUCGAUGUCGGGACGUCCAAAUACUACACGCACGGAACCACCGCAGAUAUCACUUGUUUGGAUACACAUGAGACGGCGAACAGAGGGAGCACUUUAAGGUUGACCUGCAACAAACGACGCUGGAACAAACGAACUCGCAUAUGCGAGCCAAAGGACUGUUUUAUUCCUGCCAGUGUUUCAAGCGACCUGAGUCUUUACACGACCAACUGGCAGCGCAGGACGAGGACAACGUAUUACUAUCCCAUGGAUUAUGUCACGCACGACACUAUCGUUACCAUUAGCUGUUCUGCAUCAAAGACAGUGUUCAACAGUACUAUGAAAAGAAUUGCACUCACCACCAGAUGCAAGUUUGGAAAAUGGGAGAACAAAGAAGUUUUUGAUGCGACAUGCGUCCCAAACCCAUGCGACAAGCUUAAUGAGAACAGACUAGUCGUGGACUCCGUGCACUAUUCAAAACCCAUUGUUUCGUUAGGAUGGAGGGAAGAAUAUGUCCGUCAUGAAAGCAACGUCUCCUUCACGUGCAAACCGAAUUAUGAAGUAUCUGAAAAUGAACCCAGUGGCUGGGUGAAAUGUGACACCGGAAAGUACAGGCCGGGGAAUGUCCCUCAGCCUCAAGUAUGCCAAGAGAAGGGCUGUAGAGUGCCGAGCCAUGCAGACAGAAGACAUGUCAUCAAUAACAUUCUGUAUCACCCGUUCGACCGGUAUUUCAAUCAUAGGGCAUCAAUCAAUAUUGCAUGUGAGGAUGGUUUCGUGCUGAACUCGUCGAAGACCAAUCCACCAAUUACCACACAGUGUAAUUUCGGAAUAUGGACGCUUCCAGGAGCGUUUCGUGAGCAAUGCGUUGAAGCCCCCUGUGCAUUAUCAAAAUGGCAGAAAGAUGGAGUGGCGGUUACCAACGCUCAUGAUACAAUCAGAAUAGACGCCAGAGAAUAUGUGGCGCAUGGGAAUGAAAUUGAUGUUGGUUGCAGAGGGACGCACUAUCUGGCUCGAUGGAGACAUUCUUCGGGACGUUAUGGUUAUUCUUUUGAAGCGACUGGUACAUCAACAAUCCGUGUAACCUGUCAAAAAGGGGCAUGGGAGCCAACAGAAACGGUGAUAUCAUGCAAGCCAAAGGGCUGUAGAGUGCCGAGCCAUGCAGACAGAAGACAUGUCAUCAAUAACAUUCUGUCUCACCCGUUCGACCGGUAUUUCAAUCAUAGGGCAUCAAUCAAUAUUGCAUGUGAGGAUGGUUUCGUGCUGAACUCGUCGAAGACCAAUCCACCAAUUACCACACAGUGUAAUUUCGGAAUAUGGUCGUUUCCAGGAGCGUUUCGUGAGCAAUGCGUUGAAGCCCCCUGUGCAUUAUCAAAAUGGCAGAAAGAUGGAGUGGCGGUUACCAACGCUCAUGAUGCAAUCAGAAUAGACGCCAGAGAAUAUGUGGCGCAUGAGAGUGAAAUUGAUGUUGGUUGCAGAGGGACGCACUACCUGGCUCGACGGAGAAAUUAUUCGGGACGUUAUGGUUAUUAUUUUGGAGCGACUGGUACAUCAACAAUCCGUGUAACCUGUCAAAAAGGGGCAUGGGAUCCAACAGAAACGGUGAUAUCAUGCAAGCCAAGAGAAUGUCGCUUACCGACAGGCCACAACCAAGAGCUGUUGUUCAGUCCCCGAUCAGCUUCCAUCGCACACGAUGCUAUAGUUUACGUGUCUUGCCCAAGAAGUCAGGUAUUCAGCUCGACCAUGAACAGAAAUUCGUUGACCACCAAGUGCAAGUAUGGUAAUUGGUCUGACGUGACUGUUUUUGGGAAGAAAUGCGAACAAGCACCAUGUGAUAAACUAGACGAAGCUUUCCACAGUUUGGAGUCGGUGACCUAUUCACCACCAGUCCUAAACAUACCUCCGAAUGAAUACGUUCGCGAUGGAACAAAUGCCACUUUCUCAUGUAAACCGAAGUACGAAGUCUCUGAGAAUACAUUCGAUGGUUGGCGUCGAUGUGAUAACGGCAAUUAUAAUGGCCUUUCCCAUUCUCCAAUCUGUAAAGAAAGGAGAUGUACCUGCCCACAAGACACAGAUUUACAUUCCUUUAAAUGUGACGACAUUUCUGUCCAACAUGGUACAGCAUUGGAAGUGAUGUGUAAACCAGGCUACGAGUUUAAUAUCAGGCGAAGAGGUGUUGUUAAACAAAACAUGGACUGCCAGUUUGGGAACUUCAGCGCCGUCCCGCCUUGUAGAAAUGCAUCCUGUUCUUUAACCAAUCCCGCAAACGGGAACUUUAACAACAGCUAUGGUUCAAUAAUUGCUCACGGGCAAACUGUAAGGUUCCAGUGCAGCAGCAGCUACGUAAUUGACGCGGGAGAUGACACCCCCGGAUUUUCAGCAACAACGGGAGAAAGUGUUUGUAACAAGGGUGAAAUGAAGCCAAAAUGGAGUUGCAAGAAAGUUGAUAGAUAUAGGCCUAAGUGUGAUUUUGAAGAUGGUUUGUGUGACUGGUCGCACGGUCCAAGUGGAAACUUCACCUGGUCAAGAACAAACGGAUCUACGAGUCGGGGCGCAGGUCCGAGUUCAGAUCAUACUGAAGGCAUAAGUGGAGAUGGCUUUUAUAUGUAUAUGGAGACAUUCCAAAGGACAAUAAAUGAAAAAGCAAUUCUUCUCAGCCCUAAAAAUACUGAACACCAUAGUAGCAGAUGUCUACGAUUCUAUUACUAUAUGUCGGGAAAAAACAUUGGUCGACUGCGUGUGUAUGUCUUAACUGGGUAUGGGCGAAUAUAUGACUUGAACCAGAAAUGGGAGAAGGCUGAUGGCUAUGGAGAUCAUUGGUGGCUGGCUACACUCGAUGUGGGAUUGUAUGUAGAUGAACAAAUUGGCAUUGAAGGGAAUAUGGGAUCCGGACAUAAUGGCGGGAUUGCUUUAGAUGAUAUAACUUUAUCUGACGACUUUUGCCCUAGAAAGGCGUGCCCCCCGAUUGUACAUCGCUCUGGCAUCAGCGUCACAGGAGGUAAUGGACCCGGUGAAGAGGUGAUGUUGGAAUGUUUGAAUGGACAGAAAAGGUUGAAAAUCACGUGUCAUCAAUCGGUAGGAACGUGGUCCGAGUCAGCCACUCUGUUUGACUGUGUUGACCAGUCGUCAGCGACAACAGUAGCAGCAACAACAGGUUCAACAACAGUAGCAGCAACAACAGGUUCAACAACAGUAGCAGCAACAACAGGUUCAACAACAGUAGCAGCAACAACAGGUUCAACAACAGAAGCAGCUGCAACAUCAACCCAUACUUCAGCCGAAGGAUUCCGCUGCGAUUUUGACAAUGAUAUUUGCAAGUGGACACAUGAUCCAAGCAGUGAUUUUAAUUGGACAAGACAUCAAGGAAGGACACCAACCGAUUGGACUGGUCCACUUUCUGAUCAUGCGUCUAGUAAUGGGCACUACAUGUUGAUGUCAUCAUUAAGAUUCCCGGGAGAAAAGGCGCGGUUGAAGAGUCCGAAACUUGGGAAUCGUGACCCGAAAUGCUUCGAAUUUUACUUUAACAAAUAUAGCUACCUGAGAGAUACGAACUAUGCAAGUACAUUGAAAGUGUAUGUUGGUAAUGCUACACAGCCUGUCUUUUCGGAUAAGGGUUUUCACAACAUAAGAACUUGGAUACAUCAGCGCAUAGAUGUUUUUGGAUACCCUGGUGAAAAGAUUAUUAUUGAAGGUGUUGUUGGGCCCUCGACACAUGCCGUUAUAGCUAUUGAUGAUGUGUCACUGACAGAAGGACCAUGUCCCCCAUCCUCCGUUUGCUCCGAUACUCGUAGUGCUUGCUCAGACUGGAAGAAUGAUUGUCGUCGCAAUGCAUCAGUGAGAAGACUGUGUAAAAAAACAUGUGGACUAUGCCGGUGAGCUCUGACCUCAGGGAUGAAGAGUAUAGACGCAAGCCCCGUUAUUGUGACGGAAGUUAUCAUCAUAUCCGUAUUUAAAGAUGGGAAGAUUGAAACAUUGGAAAGACGGAAAGACGGACUUGGAACGAGGAAUCACUACCCACAGCUAUAACGUACUUCAUGACGUAUACAUGUAAUUGGAAUAUUCUAGACUUACUGAUAUGUUAACCUUUGGCACAAAAAAAUGUAUCUAUAGUUUCAGAGAUACGACCCAGAUGUAUUCAUGUGGCCAAUGUCGUGAUGCGAUAGAAUCGAGUCAGCCGCGCCAAAUUCAAACGAGGAGAAGUUUCGUACACGCUCAAAGGUUGCAUUCAUAUUAUUGAGACAGUGGUUUAUAUAUCCAGCCCUUAAAAUCCAUGAGAUGCGAAAGGGAUUCAGAUUUUAAUUCGAGAACGCGGUGGCAUUUUGACAACGAUUGUUUGUUGUCAGAAAUGGAAUGAAACAGUGUGGUUUGCCUGGAAACAAUUAUAUAAUACGGUGCAAAAAAAAAACGACUUCAGAGAAAAAAAAUCACCUCGCCCUGCGGUUUCAUCAUCAAACUCUGAACCACUCUUUUGAUUAUAUACUUGCAUUUGGUGACAUCUCACUAAUUAUUUUCAUUGUGUAUAUCUAUAUCCAUUUCAACAGCAUAGCUGAGUAUAUGGUAUGUAUUUGGAUUUAAUCUACGUAAUAUUUUGUCAGCAGGAGUGGUCUUUGAAGUGUGUGACUUUCUGGUUGCUUUUGAAGCAUAAUAACACAGAUUAGGACAACACCCUGCAAGAGGUGUUCUGGUACAACUUCACUGAAUCAAUUCCUUUAUCAGAUAUAGAGAAAGAAACAACUUCAAUCAUGCAUGUAAAGAAGGUGUAUUGUCAUUACUUCUAAAAUAAUUUAGUAUUCAGGGUCUCAAAAGACAGAAAGUCAUUAAAUAUGUUCAAUACAUAUGUGGCCGGGUCUAUUUGGCAAGCCGCUCGCCGAACAGGCAUCUUUUUUGUCCUGUUUGGAGAGCCGCUUGCCAAACAGCACUAAAAAGCCACCCUGUUCGGCCAGCCGGGCUUGCCAAACAGGUAAAAUAUCUACCCUGUUUGGCGAGCUGGAGACUUUACUUUAAUAUUAAUGAGUUCGGCUCUCCAUUCAGGACAAGAAAAAGUCGCUGUUUGGUAAGCCGGGCUUGCCAAGUAGUCACUUCCUAUAUAUACUCUAGAUUCUUUUCAAUAACACACCUUCAUUAUAAAGUGGUGGGACCGCCCCAAUCGUAUAAUGCACUGGGCAUGACAAAGGCCUUUGAAGUCAUUGAUCAGCGCAGAGACCGGGCGUGGAUAUUGUUGGGUAUUGGCAGCCAAUUCUUGCGGUUCGUCUUCAUCUUGGAGUUGUUUGCAAUAGUAAGGCCUAGCGAUUGGUCAUCCACUGAGUGACAGUGAACGAGCUUUGUGUACCUAUUUCGGGGGCGGUACGUAGAAUGCAAGCUUGAAUAUCUAAAAGGUGUGUUAUUGAGAAGAAUCUAGAGUAUAUAUAUACAUGCAUAUGUUUCGUGAUACAUGUACGUCACUUACCUCGGCUUUUUUCCCCGACAAUAUUUCCGGGUCGAUAAUAAGACAUCCUGGCAUCAGCGGUUUUCAAUAUACACAUGUACGCCGCUUCUCGAUAUUUCAUGUCGGAGUAUCAAAAACUUGAGUCGCAGGAUGGCUGUAGGACAACUAACCAGUCAAUGUAGGAAGGUCCCCGAGUGCAUUGUUCUUUACCGUGAAGAUGGCGCUGGAGUUACAUCGUUGAACGACAAAUCCGAAUGGUGAGCUGUAUGACGAGUACAGUUCAAUUAAAAAAUGCUACCUUUAUCUUCGUUAAUUGGAAAAUUUGUGAUAAAAAAAGUGAAUUCACAAUAAAGUACCUCCUAGGGUAACGAAGGUGGGAAUUUUCAAUUCACUUAAUAUAUGCUUCAUCACCUACAUAAAACUUUUUUACUCUGAAUUUUUUUUCAUACAACCCCCUGAUGAUCCUCCGUACCUUCAGCUAAACAUUUGAACUUGGCCGAUUUCUCUCCCAUUACAACGCUCAAGUGCCAACUAACUGCAAGCUAAAGAACUAUGCGCUCGUAGGUGCAGGUCUAGUUAACUGCGACCACAGAGGAAUUUCCCGCAUAGACUGUGACGAGUGUUUGGCACGAACGCGCUCAUACGGAUACACACAGCAAACGAAACCUCGUGCCCAUGUGAAUGUUGUAAUUAGUCAGUACAAUGUAUGUUAUAGUUACUAGCAUAUACCCAUGGAGCGGGCAAAGUUGAAAUGUAAUAUACAUUAGUUAAAUGGGCACGAUGAUUGAGCUACAUUAAAUUUCUAACGUUACUGAAGUUUUAUUAAAGGUUAAACACGAAAUUAACUGCAUUUAGGGACUUAUUGCUGCUAUCUACAUGCAACCCCCAAUAGAUUGAUUGGAGUACGCUAUUUUGCACAAUGCGUUGAGACCAGUGACAGCAGGCCACUCUGCAGAAUUUGCCUUAUCACUCAGGUCGACAGGCGCGGGAAUCAGCACAAUUUUCGAGGACAACGUAUCGAUUUUUGCGUUUGGAGUACCGUAGAUAAU